CGACUUUUACCUGAGCGUAAAGCGAAUAGGGGGACCACAGAGUGUGUAUCGAUCUUAAAGAUCGAUAUUGGUACCUCCACCUUCCAGACUGUGAUAGUUAGUCGAGGAUGUAGCACGGAUUUGUCACUCUUCGUGACGAUGAUUCCUGAUGACCAUUGUGAAUCAUGUCAGUCAGCGAAAGUUUACGUGCAAGUGGUGUUCGUUCCGAGGAAUAGAGAGACGAAAAAAAUUUCCUUGGCAUUUUUCAAGUGCGGUUCCGAUUUUUCAAGUGUGGUUCCGAGUUUUCAAGUUUAGUCUUCAGUGACUCAGUUUCUUCGUUUGUUGUUGAUUUUUCGAGUGGGUCGAAUUCUAUUAUGGGAGUCGCUUGAAAAUUAAACAAAUUUAAAAAUGAAGGGAUGGUUUGAUGCAUUUCGUAAUGAUGGAGGCCCCACGUUGUACAGUUACACUAAUCGGACUCCAGUCACUGGAGAUGUUCACCUAAUCACUAUCUUCGUGAUUUUCUGCACGAUAUUCACGGCGUUCCUCAUAAUUUUCCCUGGUAUUCGCAAAGAGGAUGGAGUAACGAAGAAUUUUAAUAAUGUAUUGCAGAGAUUGUCAACAUUUCUGACAGUCACGUUGAGCUUGUUUGUCGGGACUUCAAUUCAAGUUGCUCAAUAUGGCUCGUCUUGGCAUACGACCUCUACUACAAUUAUUGGAUCCUUUAGCGCCUUUUCGAAACAAAGGAUGACUGCAGAAAUCGGAGGGUACAUCGGUCUGAUGCACAUCAACAUAACUUAUAGACAUACACCGAUAAAUAUGGAUGUCGCGGAUGUGGAAUACAAUGAAAGAUUUUUUUGGCGAACUCCGCACGAAAUGAAGGAUAUGUUUAAAGAAUCACUUUCUCAAGGCGCACCAUUCCCAAUUGUUUCACUAGUCGAAUAUUUUAGUUUUCAUCAAGAGGGAUUUUCAUGGGGAAGCAAAUAUCGAGAGGCUGGGUAUUAUGCAUCCAUAAUGUUGUGGACAUCUUUUGCAUCUUGGAUGUUAAUGAAUCUUUUACUGGUCGUUGUACCACGUUAUGGAGCCUUUAGUAUGAUUUUUACUGGAUUUUGUUUACUCUUCACAAACCUAAUUUAUUGGAAAUUAUUGCCUUGUGAGCCACUGGUGGCCCAUAUUGAUGGCUCAAUUCUUAUUUUCGACUUUGGAUGGAAUUACUGGCUCGUUUUGGUCGCUGGCAUCAUGUGUCUUUUUGCUGGGAUCGUAAUUACAGCGAUUGAUAUGAUAUUCCCACAUCAAUUUUCCACGAUAUUAGAAGUCGAUUAUGAUACUCCAUAUGAUAGACAUGUUAUCAUAGAGGAAAGUUUCGAUACAAGAAACAUCAGAAGAAAAUUACCGAAGGUAGAAGAUUCCUUUGGUGAUCGUUUUAUUAGUCAACUAUCAUCGAAGUUGAGUCAUGAAAAAGAAGAAGACACUCAAGGUGUGAUAAAUCGUGGCUACGUGUCACAUGAGUCUUCUGAAAUCAAUGAAGAAUCGAGUAAAACAAACUGGUCUUAUCCAUUUCCACCUGCUCAAAGAAGAGCAGUUAGCACGAGUUAACAAUUGUCAAAUAAAAUUAUUUUAUUUUAUUUAUUAGUUUUUAAAUGUGUAAGCAAAAGUGUCAGAUAUUUGUAAAUAGAAAAAAAUACAUGCCA